CUCUGUGUGUUUCAGUAGUUUUAAUCAAUGGAACUAUCUUUCAAGUUUCACAUUAGUUUUGGUUUAUGUUUAAGUUCCAAGUGCCAGCAUCAGCUGUGCCCCAAAAUACCCCGAGAUGCGCAUGCGUUGUGCCCACUCCAUGACCAAGUGGGCGGAUUGGGGCCACGACCAUCAAAAAAUCGAUGCUGUCGCCAGUCGUUGGGCGACACAGUGGUUGAAAGGAACGGAAGCAUGUCGGAGCAGCCGGACAACAACACCUACGAGCAGGAGUGCCAGCGGGCGGAGCUGCUGGGCCUCCAGCCGCCGGAUCCCCAAGAGUUCGAGCGUAAGCGGCAGGCGAGAUUGGAGCACGAGAUGGCCGAACAGGAGGCCGCCGAGGCGGUGCUGCUAGAGCAACAGGACGAGAGCCUGGGCAAUGUGGGCGGCAAGCUGGGCGAGCUCAACAGCAUCCUGUCCAGCACGCAGCAGAAGCUGAAUCGCUUCAAGCAGACGGCCUGUGGCAGUCUGACCAACAUAUUUGCUCGGGGCAGCUCGGGUUCGGUGGAUCUGUCGGCGGGAGUGGGCGGAUCGGGAGCACCGAUAAUGGCCGGCCAGGAGGAGCGCAGUCCGCCGGUCCAGGAUCAGCCGCUGGCCAAGCCACCGCCCACGGCCGAGGAGGUGAGGGCCGCCAAGGCGGCCAAGCAGAAGCGCAUGGACUCGCAGCUGGACAAGUUGGAUGCGCUGAUCAACCAGGCGGACAAUGCCCAGAUCUCCAUGAGCGAGCAGACGCAGCAGAUGCGCCGCCUGGCCAAGUGAAGUGCGGAUUGAAGGUGAUCUGCGUCGCCUGAUCCUGGCCAGACUUGUGCCCUCUUCUUUGUUUGGAUGAACACACGAGUUUCGCUUAAAACUAAACACAAGUUGAGAUUACCCAAAGCGUCUUCAAUCACAUUUAUCGAGUGUACAGACAGUGUGCGCCAUGACUGCCUGGUCAUCCAGUCCUGGCGCGCACUGUCCUCCCCUACAUCCAUCCCGUUGACUUUAUACAUACAUAUAUAAAUAGGUAUCUGCAUGGUUUACAUCAGAGUUUUCAAAAAUAUAGAGCAUUUUAUCGGCUAUUCGUUGUCAUAGUUAGUC